GUUUCAACACAGCGUGUUCUUUGUGUACCACGCAUUUAAUCACGUUCUUCACAUCUUGCGACGGGCAACUUUUUGAAACUGCGGAACAAGUGAGAACUUGUGGAUAGGCAGAGAUGCUGGACAAACUAGUGGGCAUGGCUAUGCUCAUAGCAGCCACGACGAUUUUCCUGUAUUAUACACUAUGGACUCUCUUCAUGCCAUUUGUCGACGAUGACCAUCCGCUUCAAGCACUCUUUCCUCCUCGUGUUUGGGCUAUACGCAUUCCAGUGAUUCUUACUCUUCUGGCCUCAGCUGUUGUCGGCACAUUCCUCGCCAUGGUCAUGAUCAGAAGCAACAGAAAGAAGGCGGCAAAGGCACGGGCUGCAGCAGCGAAGAAGUCGAAAUAAGUGCAAUGAGGAGAUACAAAUUGGAACAAGAAGAAGAGCCACUCCGUAUAUAUGAAUCAACUGGCGUCCAUCUCUUCAAUGUACUUGGAACGACACAGACACAAAGAAAAGUGUUGUAAGCUCUCAAACACUGGCACGGGCCACAUGUGUAAUGGUUCAAGCAUGUUUGGCGCCAUCGACUGUGAAAAUGGGAGGCUUCGAGUCCGAGUAGGAUGUUCUCGAAACAGUACUUUGGCGUCCAGGUGAUAGGAAGAUAGUUACUUCGCGUGGAUGCAUACAGUCUUGGUCUUCAGUCGACAAAUUGGAGUUAUACCGCCAUGCCGCAAUGCUCAUGACAAAAGUCCAGACUUCUUCAUAUGCAUCCAACUUUCGUCCUGAACCCGCACCCUGCUCUUUUAUGUGUUCCAAU